AGGGCCUCUCUGUGUCUAGCCCACGGUGGGCUCAGGUGCUCUUCAUGAACCGUAGAAGCUGUAGGCUGGGGAAGGCUCAUGAGUGCCAGCCCUCUUCCUGAGCUGAGCAGCCCCCAACAAGCCACCAGCAUCUACACAGGAGCUUGAACUUCUCUGAUGAUGCCAGGAGUUACUGCAUGUCCCCUCACAACCUUGAACUUGCUUUACAGCUUGGAACUGAAGUCUAGGGUCUUGGAGGAGAGAGGCGGGUGGGAGAGAUGGGGUUCCAGAUGUUUUCUGGCCAUCCUGUGCCUGAACUGUGGCCAGCUCAGACACCCGAGUCUCUGGGGAGCUGGUCACCGUGCUCCCCUGAACCCACCCCUAGACAAGGCCUUCUUUGAGGACUCUGUCUUGGGUCUAGGGUGCAGAGCACUGAGGUUAGGAGCGAUAGGGAGGGCAGGGACUCAAGGGGAAUUCAAAUGUACAUACUUCUGUUAGAAAGUGGCCCAGGAGAUUUCCAAGGACGAGUACACUGUAAAAACAUCUUUCUUAAAACCCCUUAAUUGUACCUGUGGAACCACCUCUGGUUUCAGGGUCCUGGAGUGUAGGAAGCCCACCCAUGCUUUCGAGAGGCCAGGGAGGAAGGGUUAGAUGUGGGCAAAGCUCUAAAGCAGAGCUGAGGGAGAUCCCGUGGCAACAGCUGCUCCCCAGCCCUUCUGAGGGCGGGGUGGCUCCUGCUCAUCUGCUGUCCCCUGUCGUCCCCCACACCCAGUCCAGCCUUAGCAGCCUCCAGCUGUGGGACAGGGCCCCACCCACCCACUCUUCCCCGAAGGCAGCAAGCGUCAGGGCUGAGUACUCCAGAGGGUCAGGCGGAGCACUGCGAGCACUGGAGGGAGGUAUUGCUUUGGCUUCCCGGAAGGAGUCCUGGAGAAUUUUCACGUAGUACCAAGGUUACAGACAGACUGCCCGAAUUUGCAGUUCAAGGAGGGGGCUGAGACUAGCUUCCUUUGUGAAGCCCUGAAGGAGCAAGGGCCCCCAAACUUUUUGCCCUACCCAUAUCCUGCCAAGCCCCAACACUGCACCUGGCCAGCCGUCUUUCCUCUUGGACUUCUCUUCCUUUCUCAAGCUGGACCGUAAACCUCUCCCUUCCUGGAGGUGGGGCCAUCCCUCUGAGCCGGAUAAAACCCCAAAUGGAGGAGUGUGGUGUAGGCAUGGCCUUGGCAUGGCCCUCUGGCUCCUCACUCUCUGUCAGCUCCAUGGCCAGCCCUGUGGAUGCAUCUCCAACAGGCCAUGCCAGUGGGCUGGGUCCACACCGGAGAAGGCGGACCACGUUCAGCAGAGGGCAGCUGCUGGAGCUGGAGCGGGUGUUUGCAGCACGGCCCUACCCUGACAUUGGCACUCGUGAGCAUCUGGCCCGGGUCACCUGCCUUCCCGAGGCCAAGAUACAGGUGUGGUUCCAGAAUCGGCGGGCCAAGAGGAUCAAGAAUAGGAAGCCAGGAGGCCUGAGCCCCAGGCCUGAACCCCUGCAUAGGCCCCAUUCUCUUCCAGAUAGCCCCCAGCAGCCCCGGGAGCCCCGAACUCUAGGCUGGCUCCCACUCCUCAGCAGCGCGCCUCGGUGCACCUCAGGGUGUCAGCAUGCCUGCUGUCUAGCUCCAGCCCUGGGACCAGGGCCGGGCCGGGUGGGGGUUCAAGCUGCACGGGGGCAGCUGGGGCUGCAGGGGUCAGCUGGGGCUGCAGGGGUUCCCCUUUUCUCAGAGCAAGCUACUCCCCAGACCUCACUGGGCAGCCUGUCUGACCUCAUCUAUGCCUCGGCCGUUGUGACCAACACGGACCACUCCUAAUCUAGGUCCAGGACCCGCAAACCCCCACCUCUAGCUCCUGUAGCCCACCUUCCCCUUAGGACUGAACACAUCAGAAGUGGAUCCCUGACCCCCUACUUUCACACAAGGGUGCUCUCUUACAGGAAGUUUAGCUCAGGAAUCCCUCCCUUCCACUGUUGUGGGCCAGCCUAGAUGGGGAUCCUAUGGAGAGACUGGGGCCUGGCUCCUGCUCCCCAGGACCCUGCAUCUCCUGGGACAUGUGCCCAUUGUCUUGGCAGGAAGCACCCUCAGAGGGAUGAGGCACAGGGCCAUGUUCUCCACCUCUCCUGCCAGACCUGGUCCCCAGUGCUUCUCACCCAAGCCAAAGACACCUCCUCCCUUUAAGAGAAUGGGCAGCUGCCCGUGACCUUCAGGUCAGCCACUAACUGCUGUGUGAGUGAGGAGAUGAGUGUGCUAACCCUAAUUCUAGACUGCAAGGGACCGGCCCUUUCAAAGUUGAGGGGCUCUCCUGACCUCCUACCACCUGGACAAAUUAAACCCAAAUCAUGGAUCUGAAGAUGAAGUGAUAUUAAGUAAUAAAGUAGAAAUAGGAGCUUGGAGCUUACAGAGGUUUAAUUUUCAUGAAGAUCAGACUGGCUGCCUUCCCAAUCUGAGGCUGUGGAGACAACCUGCUGGAUUUAGGGUGGGGCGUGCAAGGCACAGGGGUUUCAGUAUCAGGUCAUCUGUAAUACCAACUAAUCUCCAAAUAAAACCCUACCUCUGUACCUUAA